AUGGCGAAUAUUGCGUACAUGAGAUUGCAACGCGAGUGCCGCGAAGUGGCGACAAGCAAGGAUAUCCAGGAAUUGGGCAUCAUGAUUGAAAUUGUCGACGAGCAGCUCACCCACUUGAAAGGCGAAAUCCGAGGCCCGCCCGACUCGCCGUACGAAGGUGGCCGUUUUAAACUCGACAUCAACAUCCCCUCGAGCUACCCGUUCGUCCCACCAACGGUCAAAUUCACGACGAGGGUGUGGCACCCCAACGUCAGCUCACAAACCGGGACAAUUUGCUUGGAUAUUCUGAAGGACAAUUGGGCGGCAUCGUUGACGUUGCGCACGGUUCUACUCUCGAUUCAAGCCCUCCUCUGCACCCCCGAGCCCAAGGACCCCCAGGAUGCGGUAGUCGCGAGCCAGUACAUGAACAAGCAGAAGCUUUUCACGGAGACCGCCAAAUUCUGGACCCAACAAUUCGCGCACGCAACUGGGGCACGAAAUGCCGACUUCACAGCAAAAGUGGCCAAGCUUUGCGAAAUGGGAGCCAACGAGACCGACGCCAUCUCGACGCUCAGCUGCAACGAAUGGGACCUAAGGCGUGCCACCGAUUACAUGUUCUCU